AUGGGUAGAGGCAAAACCAUUGGCAACCAUCACAGAGAAUCCCUUCAAAACAUGGUGCCAAGAUAUGGACAUACAACAAAGGUUCACCUCAGUAGCUCAUCCACAAGGCAAUGGCCAGGUGGAGGUCAUGAACAAGGCCAUAUUGGGGGAAUUAAGGCAAGAUUGGGAAAAUGCAGAAAGGGAUGGGUAGAUGAAAUUGCAGGUGUUUUAUGGGCUCAUAGAACUACUCCGAGGGGAAGCACCCAGGAAACUCCAUUUAGCCUGGUAUAUGGAACGGAAGCCGUAAUCCCACCAGAACUGACUAUCUCAACAGAAAGGGUCAUUAGUUUUGAUCCUGCUCAGAAUGAGGAAGCUCUGAGAGAAAACUUGAAUUUGAUCGAGGAAAGAAGAGAAAUGGCCCACAUUCGGCAGGCAGAAAACAAGAGGCAAAUAGCAAAGUACUAUAACAAGAAAGUACGCCCUAUGACCUUCAAGGUAGGAGACCAUGUCUGGAGAAAAAACGAAGCAAGUAGAAGGGAAGACCUUGGCAAGCUGGGCCCAAAGUGGGAAGGCCCAUACAAAGUCAAGGAGACAAACGGGGAUGGAUCAUACAUCUUAACAGAGCUUGAUGGAUACCCAGUACCCAGAACGUGGAAUGCCAUUAACCUUAAAAGGUGUUAUUUGUAA